GAUUGGCUGAUUUUAACUCUACAGAGAGGGUAGUGGUGUGACUCAUAGGACUUGCGAUGUCAGAUCAGAGCAAUAAUGACAGGAUGAAGUUCAGCUUCUGAGGUGAGAAGACCUUUCAGAUAGAUGCAGUGGUAUCAAGAGGGCAUUAGAAUUUCUCACAACCAAGAAAGCUGUGAGACAUGGAGUUUUCUCCCAGCAGCCUGAGCUUCUCCUCUCUCCUCCUGUUCCUCGGUUCCUUCCAGUUUUUUUUCAUUGAAAUCUCUUUGGUUUCACUGAAUGGAACCAUCGGUCAGUCUGUCCAUCUGCCCCUUUCUUUAGAAUUCAGGAAAUUACUUCCUUCUACUCUGACUAUUAAAUGGUAUUUCAAUGGGAAUGAAACAGUGGCCUCCUUUACAGGUAAGAACUGUUUGUUCAGGGCUGCUCUCAACUAUUGUGCAAGUACAAAUUUUGUCAGUGGUCCCAAGUACCAAGGCCGAGUGAACUUUUUCAUUGAGGAUUUUUCUCUGCUCCUGUGUAACCUGACAAUCAACGAUAGUGGAAUCUACAGUGUCUCAGCCAGCGGAGUGACGAAGACUGAAAAUAUCAUACUGUCCAUGACUGACUCUGUUUUCUGCAAAAAAAGUGAACCAACAUCGGAACCUUCUAUCCAUACUAUCAGUACAAAGCUGAUAAUCUAUAUUUCUGGGAGUUGCUGUGGUUUCAUCUUUCUCAUCCUGCUCCUGCUUUUCUGGUACAAAUGGCAAACGGGAUGCGUAUUUCAACCUCAGAGGGAAAGGAAAAGUGAACAAGGAAGGGUUCUGAGUGUGGAACAACAUAGUACGCAAAGUCAUCCACAAAGAUGCCUAACCAUCUAUGAAGAAGUUGAAGAAGUAAGGAAUAAAGGACCAUCGAUAAUAGAGCCCCAAGAUACUUAUGCAGUCCUUCAUUUCCCAGCUCAGACUAACAGACCAGAGCAGGAUGAGCAGGAAGGGCACUAUCAUUGUUUGGGUCAUCCAACUAGAACAUCCGCACAACUUCUCUGAGAAGGACAUAAAGUAUUAGGGAGAUUCUUUCUGAAUCUUAAAUAAUAAUUGUGGUAUUUGUUAAGCGCUUAUUAUGUGGCAGGCACUAUGCUAGGUGAUCUGAUUGGACACAGUCCCUGUCUUACGUAGGGCUCACAGUCUUCAUCCCCAUUUUACAGAUGAGGUAACUGAGGCACAGAGAAGUGAAGUGACUUACCCAAGGUUACAGAAAAGACAAGUGACAGAGACAGGAUUAGAACCCAAGUUCUCCUGACCCCCAAGUCUGGGGUCUGUCCAGUAGGCCAUGCCGCUUCAAAAUGAGGAAAAUGUAUUUUAUACAUUUAUACCAGUUAAUCUCUAACUACAGUCUAGAAUCAUGGCUCUAGCCUCCCAUUACUGUGUAAGCCCUUUGUGGGCAGGGAUCGUGUCACCUCUCUGUUUUGCACUUGCCAAGCACUUUGAUCAAUGCAUUGUACUCAGUAGAUACUCAAUAAAUGCGAUUACUACUACUACUACUACAAGGUAGGGACAUGUACCUAUUGGUACAUGAUUCUAAUGGUAGCUGAAUCCACUUCUUGAAGCACUCAUUCAUCUUCACUUGAGGACUGGAUGUCUUCUUCAUCAAGUCCAGUUUGGAUUCCAAAUUCCCAUUUCUCCCCUCAUUAUAUCACUGUAUCGCAUAUUAUGGAAUAAGGAAAACGAUUACAUCACCUGAAUAAUUGAAGGGAUGCAGAAUCUACUGGGAUGUGGCUAAUAAUAAAUAGCUAUAUUUUCAAAUAA